GGGAGGCGUGACUCUGGUGUCAUGGCGGCCUCCUGCGCGCGCUGCCUUCGGUGGCAGGAGUGGAGCUCGGUCUCCCGUGGACGCAGCGCCAUGAGGCCUUGGCUGAGGGCCCCAGGAGGCCUGCGGCUGGCCCGGGGCCUGUGGAGCGCGGCUGGGGCGGCCCACACGGUCUCUGUGGAAGUGGGGAGCAGAAAAUUGGAAAUCUCUUCUGGAAAACUAGCCAGAUUUGCUGAUGGAUCUGCUGUAGUGCAGUUAGGUGACACAUCAGUGAUGGUGACAGCAGUCAGCAAAACGAAGCCUUCUCCAUCUCAGUUCAUGCCUUUGGUGGUUGAUUAUCGUCAAAAAGCCGCAGCAGCUGGAAGAAUUCCUACCAACUAUUUAAGAAGAGAACUGGGUUCUACAGACAAGGAAAUUCUUACCAGUCGAGUAAUAGAUCGUUCAAUUAGACCUCUCUUCCCAGCAGGAUACUAUUAUGAUACACAGAUACUUUGUAACCUUUUAGCUGUAGAUGGUGUCAAUGAUCCUGAGGUUUUGGCAAUCAAUGGAGCUUCUGCAGCUCUUACGUUGUCGGAUAUUCCAUGGAAUGGUCCCAUUGGUGCCGUGAGAGUAGGAAUGAUUGAUGGAGAAGUUGUUGUCAAUCCCACUCGAAAAGAAAUGUCUUCCAGUACAUUGGAUUUAAUAGUCUCUUCAGCCCCUCGUAGUCAAGUGGUGAUGUUGGAAGCUGCAGCAGAGAAUGUAUUACAGCAGGACUUCUGCCAUGCCAUCAAAGUGGGUGUGAAGCACGGCCAGCAAAUCAUUCAAGGCAUACAGCAAUUGGCAAAAGAACAGGGUGUUGCCAAGAGAACCGUACAGAAGUUAUUCACUGCUCCUGAGGAGACUGUGGAAUGUGCAAAGCAACUCGCAUCAGAAAAAAUCACUGCAGUAUUUUCAGACUUCACUCAUGAUAAAAUAUCAAGAGAUGAAGCCAUUAACAAAAUCAGACUUGAAACAGAAGAGCAGCUGAAAGAAAAGUUCCCAGACGCUGAGCCUUAUGAAAUCAUGGAAGCCUUUAAUGUUGUUUCCAAAGAAAUCUUUAGAAAUCUUAUUCUGAAUGAAUACAGAAGAUGUGAUGGCAGAGACUUGACUUCCCUUAGAAACAUCUCCUGUGAAGUGGACAUGUUCAAAACCCUUCAUGGAUCGGCACUGUUUCAGAGAGGUCAGACUCAGGUCCUUUGUACGGUUACGUUUGACUCAUUGGAAUCAAGUGUAAAAUCUGAUCUUAUCACAACAGCUAUAAGCGGAAUAAAAGAAAAAAACUUCAUGCUGCAUUAUGAGUUCCCUCCAUAUGCAACUAAUGAGAUUGGAAAAAUUUCUAGUAUGAACAGAAGAGAACUUGGUCACGGUGCUCUUGCAGAGAAGGCUUUGAAACCAGUGAUUCCCAGUGAAUUCCCUUUCACAAUAAGGGUGACUUCAGAAGUACUGGAAUCCAAUGGAUCAUCAUCAAUGGCAUCUGCUUGUGGCGGGAGUUUAGCACUGAUGGAUGCAGGGGUGCCAAUUUCAUCGGCUGUAGCAGGCGUUGCUGUGGGUUUGGUUACCAGUCCUAACUCGGAAAAAAACGGAGACAUUGAGAAUUAUCGCUUGCUAACCGAUAUUCUGGGGAUUGAAGAUUAUCUUGGUGACAUGGAUUUCAAAAUGGCUGGAACAAAUAAAGGAAUAACUGCCUUGCAGGCUGAUAUCAAGCUACCAGGAAUACCCCUAAAAAUCGUAAUGGAAGCUAUUCAGCAAGCCACAGUGGCAAAGAGAGAGAUCUUGCAAAUUAUGAACAAAGCAAUUGCCAAACCCAGAGCAAGCAGAAAGGAGAAUGGACCGCUCGUUGAAACUGUUCAAGUGCCAUUAUCAAAAAGGGCAAGAUUUGUUGGCCCUGGAGGUUAUAAUUUAAAGAAACUCCAAGCUGAAACUGGGGUUACUGUUAGCCAAGUAGAUGAAGAGACAUUUUCCAUAUUUGCCCCAACACCAGCUGCUAUGCACGAAGCACAAGAAUUUAUUACUGAAGUCUGCAAAGAUGAUCAAGACUAUCAGUUGGAAUUUGGAGCUAUUUAUACAGCCACAGUUACUGAAUUGAGAGAUAUUGGUGUGAUGGUAAAAUUGUAUCCAAACAUGACUCCUGUACUACUACACAACUCACAAUUGGAUCAGAGAAAGAUUAAGCAUCCUAGCGCUCUUGGAUUAGAGGUGGGACAGGAAAUCCAGGUGAAAUAUUUUGGGCGAGAUCCAACCGAUGGCAGAAUGAGGCUUUCAAGGAAAGUGCUUCAGUCUCCAGCUUCAUCUGUUGUUAAAACAUUAAGCGACAGAAACAAUAUAGUAAUGGGAGGUGCAGUUCCAGAGUCUGCUACUACUACAUCAUCAUAGCAGCUUUCCAAAGCAUAGGAAUAUUGGAUUUCCAAAACUGUAGACUUCUGAAAGAGACUGAGUAGUUGCUGCAAAAAUAACUUCAAUGUUUUCAUCAUGCAGAUAGAUCCUUAUCACACAGGACUCUACGCACAGGCACGUGUCACGUUUUGUAUGAAUAUAUUUGAAUGCUAGUUUACCGUCAGAUGUGUUUUUCCUCCUAUGGAGUAUUUCCUUAAUAAAUCAUGUGAAAUCUGA